AUGGCGCCCAAGAAGCAGGCAAAGAAGCGUCGCAGCACUGUAUGUAUCAAGGAGGAGCAGACCGGAGGAGCCGCUGAGCCCCCCAAAGAGAUUUCGCAGCAGGUUGGCUUUCAGCGUAAUUUACAACCUGACGAGAUAUCAUGGGCCCAGCGCUCGCAGGACCAAGUCAUGUACACGAUGAAGUGUAAGGGCAGCGACAUUGUCGAUAUGGUGCCAGCCAAGGAAUCCAGAACACGCUGCCCCCACAUUGUCAUUCAGUUCCUUGAGGAGCGCAUUAAAUGGGAGACUGAUACCAAAGACGAAGAUACCGCUGCCACUGCUGGGGGAACAGACGAGCCAGAGGCCGAAGCCGGUCCACGCACCAGCACCAAUAUCUAUGAGGACCAAAAUCCUGAGCAAGACGAAGAGUUGCAAACCAUUGAAAUCGAUGACUAA